AUUCUCGGCUGCAUCAUCCUGUUUUCACAACACCCACACGUGUUUCGUAAGCUUUUGUAAUAUAUCGAUACAUAAGUGUUUAUAGAAGUGAUACAGCUGACAGCUAGUUUCUUUAACAAGCCAUAGACAAAUGACUCGAGUGUUUUUUAGAAAUGCCCUGAAGAGUAUAUUUCAACAGACUAGAAUACAUACUUCCCUUAAACAACCUGUGAAAUAUUAUUGCCCCAGUGGAACUAGGAAGUGGAAGGGACAACUAUCUACAAUGAAGUUAGAAACUCCCAAGUUUCGUGAUUUGUUUACACCAGAACUGAAGGAACUGAUAGGUGUUUUUGAGAGACACAACUAUGAGUUGAGAAUCGCCGGUGGUGCAGUGAGAGAUCUACUUCUCGGUAUUUCUCCGUCCGAUGUCGAUUUUGCCACUACUGCUACUCCAGAUGAGAUGAUAAAAAUGUUCACAAAAGAAAGCAUUCGUAUGUUCAAUGAAAAAGGAAUUAAGCAUGGUACCAUCAGUGUUCGUAUCAAUGAUAAGGAGAACUUUGAGGUGACUACUCUACGUAUCGAUGUUGUAACUGACGGACGCCGGGCAGAGGUGGAAUUCACAAAAGACUGGCUUAUUGAUGCCAAUCGUAGAGACCUCACUAUCAAUGCUAUGUUUCUGGGGUUCGACGGCACAGUCCAUGAUUAUUUUAGCGGUGUUCAAGAUCUCCAGGACAGGAGAGUUCAGUUCGUUGGGGAACCGACAGAGAGAAUACAAGAAGAUUACCUUAGAAUUCUCCGCUAUUUUAGGUUCUACGGGAGAAUAGCUGAAUAUCCAGAUAAACACCUACCAGACACAUUAAAAGCCAUAGCUGAAAAUGUAGAAGGUUUGAAGCGUAUAUCUGGAGAGAGGAUCUGGAUGGAGCUGAAGAAGAUACUGUGUGGUAACCAUGCUGCAGACAUUAUUCCCAUCAUGUAUGAUGUUGGAAUGCCACAGUACUUAGGUUUGCCGACCACAGUUGAUCUCGAUCACUACAGACAGGUCUGUCAUAACACAGAAGGGCUACAACCACAACCUGUCACACGGAUGUCUGCACUGUUUAUUAAUGAGCAAGAGUUGUAUGAUAUGAAUGAGAGAUUGAAGUUAUCUGCAGAUGAAUUCCGCCUAGGAUUGUUCAUAGUGGAGAAUCGUCAUUUACCUGAUGCAGGAAAUCCCAUAAAGCUUUACAAGGACUUAAUGUGUGAUACAGUGGGCCAGCAACACAAGACAGCUGAGAGAAUUUGUGAAUUGAUGAAGUAUAAAAAUGAGAGACAACUUUGUGCUGACCCCUCCCUUUGGACCCCACCCCCUUUUCCUAUCAGUGGAGGCGACUUGAUAAAAUGUAAUGUAAAAAAGGGACCACACAUGCAGUUAAUGUUAAAAGAACUCCGAAAUAUUUGGAAAGAAAGUGACUUUAAAAUGGGGAAGUCAGAACUAUUGCAAAGAGUGGAUGACAUCUUACCUACACUACCAGAACUCCCAGCAAAAAAGAAUUGACCGUAAAAAUUAUUAGGGAUUCUAAAAAUGGACAUGUGAUGUGAAAAGCAACCAUGUGUGGAAAACUGUGAUAAUUUCUGUCUUUAUCUGUGUUUUAGUUUAUUUUUGUCUUUUCCGAAAAUAGUCACAGAGAUAGUCUAUAAGACAAUGCUCAGGGGUUGCACUGAGGAAUGUUGCAAAUGGGGUCCUUUUCAGAUAAAACUAGGUUCUUAUAAUUUGAAAGGACCUUUUGAAAAAAAAUGGGACCCCUUUCAUUUUCUAUGCUUCAAAAUGCUUGGCUUCAACAGAAACUUUGUGUAAAAGGUGAUUUAUUUAAAACUUUUUUCUGUUACUGUUUUUUCUUUCAGUUAUAUCACAUUUUCCACUAAAAAAGAACUAUGAUAAUUUGUAGUAUGUAUACUUCAAACUGUCUGCAUAAAAUUAUUUCUUAUUUUAAUAAAAUAUGACUAGUGAUAAGUUCCAUUUAACACACACCUGGCCUGCCCUGCCCUGUGGUACUGUUGUUUUUAGAAUUGUAAAAGUACUAGAACAGUUACUGAUGUUUUGUUAUGUAGUUAUUAAAAUGAUAAUUUUUAGGAAAUUUAUCUUCAAAUUGAUAUCAUUAAGAUAUUUUUACGUGUUUUCAAAAUAAACCACACAUUUACCAUUAAGAACA